AUGCUCCUCGCAUGGCUCGCCACCGUCGCCGUCGCAGUACUCGGCUACGAUCUAGCCGCGUCGGUGUUGCAACCGCCGCCGAUACGAGCCGGCUCGGCGUACUCGCCGACGCAUGCCAACGUGUCCAUCUACGUCGGCGCCAACCUCUCGCUGGCCGACUUUGAUGCGACCAAGCGGAUCUUUCUCAACGUCUUGGCCGAUAUGAUGGCCGUCGACGCUUCCAACGUCCGCAUCACGCACAUUGAGACGCCGAGCUUGGAGCCCACCGCGCGCGGCAGCUUUGCGCUGACGCUGGCGGUCGACUAUCUUGUGUCGUACGCGUGCAGCAGCGUUGACGGUAGCGUCGUCGUGGCGUCACUGGACCUGCGUGCCAACCUCUCGACGCCCGAGGCAAGCGCGACGUGCAACCUGCUGCCGACGUGCAGCGGUCUCUGCAUCGCCGUCGGCCCGCCAGCGGUCGACUUUCGUGAACAAUCAAAGCGCAUGCGACAAGGUCUCGAGCUCGGCUACGCGACGCAGACCGGCGAGUGGCUCACGCUCCGCGAGAUUGCGUCGUAUUUUCACUUGUACCCAAACGAGACGGUUCACGCCCUGCAGCUCGACUCGAGAUCGAGUGUCGCGCCAUUGCCCUCUGCGUACCUCGCCAUCGAUGUCGCCUUGCGUGAUGCCGACGGCGCCGAUGCCCUCGCUGUUGUCUUUGCGAUCGUCGAGUCCCUACGCGCCAACGCACUGCCGAUGCUAGCGAGAAACGUUCGCUCGCUGCCGCUGACGCCAGUCCCGCACGACGUCUACGGUGUGGAGUCGGUGACGCUGCUGCGCAUCACAAUGACCGACGCCUCAGUUUUGCGGCGAUCGUCGAUCGGCGCGGCGGUGCAAACGGGCGCUUGGCGCGCUCUCUUGCCGACCCACCUCGUAUAA